AUGGCCACCAUCGAGCCACGGCUAAUGCAUUUGCUGAACGACAGUAAGAGCAGUCAUGAUCCAAACGAACUUCCGCCUUUACAGUCGUUCCCGAUCCCCAAGGGCUCAGCUGUGCACGUGUCGCUUCCCUCGCUCAGCCUAGAAAUCGACCAGCGUGACGAGCAAUUUGCCGUGAAGCUUCCUGCCGGACCGCCGCUCCACCACAUACCUCCAUUCUCGACGUUAAAUUCCCUCGACGACAGUGCUUCGGCGCAACACAUCCCGCCGUUGUCCUUGGUUGAGGCAUCUGAGGACACGCCCUCAUCCCAGCAGAUCCCCCCUUUCUCGACUUUCGAAAGUCUCGACGAUGCGCCUCAUCGAGUGGGUCCUCCGACCCGGCUCCCAAACCCCACCUACGUCUUUGAUGGGCCAGCUCGAAUUCCGCAAACAGCCAACCAGUCCAUACGUGCCCUCUUAGGAGAUUCCAGCCCUGUAGAGUCUUCGUCUCACUCGCUUCGCAAAAUACUCGACGACCUGCCGCCCGAGCUAGGUAUUCAUGAUGAUGCCACAACCAAGAAGCGGCAUCGGGCUUUGGCCGGCAAGGAGGAUUUUGUGCAGCUUCCUCAGCCUCUCAAGAAACAGAAAUCGGCCCAGCAGGUGAUGCCGCCUAUCAUCAAUGGCCUUCACGAACCACCACCUAACGCGGCUGUCUUUCCUCCAAUUUCUUCGGUAGAGUUCAGAAAUGGCGACCAUUCGCUGAGCCUGAGACCACUCAAAGACCUGGGUCAUAUUCCAGAGGACAGGCAUGCGCCGGUCACGCCAACUGAAGACAAGACAGCACAGCCAGCUGUCAAGACCAGACGCAGGACCAAGCCCAGGCGGAAGUGGACAGAGGACGAGACGAAUCAUCUGCUGAUCGGAGUUAGUCGCCAUGGGGUUGGGAAGUGGACUAGUAUUUUGGAGGACCCUGAUUUUCAGUUCAACGAUAGGACUGCUGGUGACCUCAAGGACCGCUUCCGCACCUGCUGUCCCGAUGAAUUAAGGGGCCAGAUUAACGGUGGUGGUGGUGGUGCAAGCAAGGGAAGGGCUUCUCAGGCAACUACCACUUCGCCUACCUAUUCAACUGAUACCCAGGUGAGAACCAAGCGGACUCUGAUGCUUGAGAAUAUCCUCAUAGGGAAUGAUUCUCAGGCAGAACACGACGCUUCAAACAUUAGUCCUGCAAAUGCCACGGCAGCCAGCACCAGCACGUCACCUGUCUCUUCGUCAUCACAGCCCCAACCAAAAGCAUCAGGGGAUGCAUCCCAGAAACCCCGAAAGAGUCGAGCUCACCGGAAAAAGCUUGAGGAUCUUGCUGAGCUUGGAAUCAGCGGUCCAUUCAAAAAGUCACACCGGCGCGAGCGAAGGCCCUUUACCGAACAAGACGACAAGGAAAUAUUGGAAGGAAUCCAUCGGUACGGCCCAGCUUGGACCAAGAUACAGAGGGACGAGGCUUUCAAUUUGUCAAGUCGUCAGCCAACUGAUCUCAGAGACCGCGUGCGCAACAAGUAUCCAGAUAUCUACGCCAAAAUAGAGAAGGGAGCGUUUCAGAUCAUCAAGGAGCCAAACAACAGCCAUCGUAACAAUCUCAUGGAGCCCACGGUGAACACGACCAUUGAGAAUUCGCUCACUUCGGUGAACAAACCUGGAGGGUCGUCUCUAGAAUCUCAGCUGAACCGCACAGGUUCCAAAGAAAACCUCCCCAAAUGGUCGUUGCAGCACUAUGCACACGACAUUAAGAAGCACCAGAAGCGCCUUGCCGCGCCUUCGCACUGGCUGUUGGACAAGCUCAGCGGUGUCUACGCCCCUAAGCCUUCGCCCGGUCCGCACAAGCAGCGCGAGUGCCUGCCGCUCAUCGUCUUCAUCCGCAACCGUCUCAAGUACGCCCUCAAUGGCCGCGAGACCAAGGCCAUUCUGAUGCAGCGCCUGGUCAAGGUUGACGGCAAGGUCCGCACCGACUCGACCUACCCCGCCGGCUUCAUGGACGUCAUUUCGAUCGAGAAGACUGGCGAGAACUUCCGUCUCAUCUACGACACCAAGGGACGCUUCACCGUCCACCGCAUCCAGGCCGAGGAGGCCGAGUACAAGCUCGGCAAGGUCAAGCGUGUUCAGCUCGGCCGCGGCGGGAUCCCAUUCUUGGUUACGCAUGAUGCCAGAACCAUCCGCUACCCCGACCCUCUGAUCAAGGUCAACGACACUGUCAAGAUCAGCCUUGACACUGGCAAGAUCACCGACUUCAUCAAGUUCGACACUGGCGCCCUCGCCAUGGUCACUGGUGGUCGUAACAUGGGUCGUGUUGGUGUCAUCACCCACCGUGAGCGUCACGAUGGUGGCUUCAACAUUGUGCACUUGAAGGAUGCCAUUGACAACACUUUCACCACUCGUGAGAGCAACGUUUUCGUCAUCGGCACUGAGAAGCCCUGGAUCUCCCUGCCCAAGGGCAAGGGUGUCAAGCUCACCAUCGCUGAGGAGCGUGACCGCAGGCGUGCCCAGACCAUCGCCGGCCACUAA